UUCAGUUCCUUCCUGCUUGCUCUCACUGAAUGCACCGACCGUCUAUUCUUCUUCCUCUUCUUCUUCUUUUCCUCGGAUAUUUUUCACCCUUUGUCCAUACGUCCAAAUUUCCUCCGUAUCUCUCGCAUCUCCCAUCACCUCGUUGUGCGUUUCUCCUUCUUGAGCAUGAGAAGAGUCGCUCUCUCCUCUGCCCUCCACCAGCAUGAGCCGAGCACAGGGAUCUCUGAGCACAACUUUCGCACGGACGCAUUAAAUCGUCGUCCUGGAGCGCCGUCCCUCACCACAGGAGAGAAGCAGAUUUAGGUCUCCAUAGAAUGGAGCGAGAAUGAACAGAGAGCGGCUGAAGGAAAAGCAUGAACUGGAGGGUCAUUGAGGUCACCUGCUUCCUGUUUCUAUGGGACCAGCUGAGAGUUGAGUGUUUGCGCCAGGAGCCCUCGGCCGCCGAGCACCAUGUGCCCAAGCACUUCGACUGGCUCAUCUCCGACCGCGGCCCUUUCCACCACAGCAAGGCCUACCUCGCCUUCGUGGAAAGAUUCCGCCAAGGAUUUACGACCCGAUAUAAGAUUUAUAGGGAGUUUGCGCGUUGGAAGGUGAGGAACACAGCCAUCGAGCGGCGGGAUUUUAUACACAAUCCCGUGCCCCUCAUGCCCGAGUUCCAGAGGAGCAUGAGGCUUCUGGGACGACGUCCAUCCACGCAGCACUUCAUUGACACCAUCAUUAAGAAAUAUGGUACUCACAUCCUCAUCUCGGCCACGCUUGGAGGUGAGGAGGCUCUCACCAUGUUUAUGGCGAAGAACAAGCUGGACCGUAAGAUGGUGAAUGCCACGCAGGGGGUGGAAGCGCUACACCAGCUCGCCUCGUCUUACUUCAUCGACCGAGACGGCACUAUGCGCAAACUCCACGAAAUCCAGAUCUCCACUAAUGCCAUCAAGGUAACGGAGACGAGGACGGGCCCCCUCGGCUGCAGCACCUACGACAACCUGGACUCGGUCAGCUCGGUGCUGCUGCAGAGCCCCGAGAGCAAACUACACCUGCAAGGUCUCCAGGUGAUUCUCCCUGAGUACCUGCGGGAGAAGUUCGUACAGUCUGCUCUAAGCUACAUCAUGUGUAACGGCGAGGGAGAGUACAUGUGCCGAAGCAACCAGUGCAUCUGCCAGUGUGCUGACGAAUUCCCACAAUGCAACUGUCCCACCACCGACUUGCAGAUCAUGGAGAACACACUCCGGGGAAUGGCUGAAUCCUGGGCUGCUUCAUACAAGGACUUUGAGAACUCAGAUGAGUUCAAGUCAUUCCUGAAGCGUCUGCCCUCCACACACUUCCUGCCGGUGAGCAGUGUGCACUUGCUUUGGGGGAGUGACUGGGACCUGCAGGCUCGUUACCGGCUGCUCCAGAGCUCCCUUGAGGUCCUUAGGCUGAAGAUUCAGCGCACGGCGCGUAAACUGUUCAACCUCAGCAUCCGCUGUCACCACAACCCCAACCAUCAGAUGCCUAGAGAGAGAUCAGUUUUGCAGUGGCUGAACCGGGUGCAGUCCUUCCUCUACUGCAAUGAGAACGGCUUCUGGGGAACCUUCCUCGAAAGCCAGCGCACAUGCGUGUGCCACACGGGCAUAACUCUGUGCCAGCGUCCGAUCCCGUGCGUGAUCGGUGGCAACAACAGCUGUGCAAUGUGCAGUCUGGCUAACAUAUCACAGUGCGGCUCGUGCAACAAGGGCUACAAGCUGUACCGUGGGCGCUGCGAGCCGCAAAACGUUGACUCGGAGCGCAGCGAGCAGUUCAUCAGUUUCGAGACCGAUCUGGACUUUCAGGACCUGGAACUGAAGUACCUGUUGCAGAAGAUGGACUCGCGCUUGUACAUCCACACCACCUUUAUCAGCAAUGAGGUGCGUCUGGAGACCUUUUUCGACCCACGUUGGCGCAAGCGCAUGUCGCUGACGUUGAAAAGCAACAAGAACCGCAUGGACUACUUGCACAUGAUGGUGGGGUUGUCCAUGAAGAUUUGCCAGAUGCGUAACAGCAGCAUGGACCCCAUGUUCUUUGUUUAUGUCAACCCAUUCAGUGGAAGUCACUCGGAAGGAUGGAGCAUGCCGUUCGGUGAACAUGGAUACCCGCGCUGGGAGAAGGUACGGCUCCAGAACUCGCAAUGUUUCAACUGGACCCUGAUGCUGGGCAACCGCUGGAAGACCUUCUUUGAGACCGUGCACAUCUACCUACGCAGUCGUGCCAAGGUGCCCACUGUCCUGCGUAACGAUACCGGCCAUGGUCCCGUGGAUCUUUCCGACCCCAACAAGCGUCAGAUCUACAUCAAGAUCUCAGACAUCCAAGUGUUUGGCUACAGCUUACGCUUCAACUCUGACCUUCUCCGGAGUGCUGUCCAGCAGGUCAACCAGUCCUACACGCAGGGGACACAGUUUUAUUCGUCCUCAUCCAUCAUGCUCCUGCUUCUGGAUAUCAGGGACAGGAUUAACCGCCUGGCCCCUCCAGCAGCACCCGGGAAACCCCAGCUAGACCUGUUCUCCUGUAUGCUCAAGCACCGACUCAAGCUCAACAACAGCGAGAUGAUCCGCGUCAAUCAUGCAUUAGACAUGUACAAUACAGAAAUCUUGAAACAGUCGGACCAUCUGACUACCAAACUUUGCUGAAAAUUAAGCGCUAACAAAGGAGCAAACUUAAUACAGUGCAAACCUUGGACAGGACAGGAUCUUUUUAUUUCCCUUUCAUUUGGGGCAUUUCCUUUUUUUUUGAUGUACUAUUAACAACUUUGUAAGUGUAUUGUUAAAUAAGAAACUAAAAAUACAGAGAUUAAGCCUUUUAGUUCACUACAAAAGAAAGAAAAAAUAUGACUGUACCAUAAUUGUCCAAGCAUGUCUGUCACUUCCAAAUGGAGCAUUAAAAGAAAAAAGUACACAUACAUUAUAUAUAUACAGUAUAUAUAAAAAUAAAUAAAUUCAACAUCCGAUGAUGAUGAUGAUGAUGAUGAUGAUGAUGAAGAGGCCUUGAUAUUACUCAGAGGGAGCAAAGGUCCAUCUGAAACUGCCAUUCUUUACUAGGUAACAUUUUCAAUGUAUUAGCAAAGCAUCCCAGAGAUCCUUUUAAUUUGAUGACUCGUGACGUACAGAACGUUUCACUAGUCUUAGGUCUAUAAAGUUUAAGGAUGACGGGAAGUUGUUAUCUGUAUAGCCUUUCUUCAUACUCGGCUUGAUCAUCCCUCUGAGUGUGCUUGGCAUGAUACAAGGCAGUAAGGAAACAUUCUCCACUGAAACACUUGUUUAUAGCUCCAGUUUUUUUGACGCCUAACGCUAAUUGCUGUUUGCUAAGUCACUCGCGUCAUUUAAAAAUGAGUGACCAAAGCCGAACCUGAACCGUGAUAUUAUUAUAAUUAUUUAUUUUUGUUCCUUUCUUUUUCUUUUUGGGGUCCAGGAGUGAAGUGUCUGUAUGGUCUAAAGGUAAACAAUCAAUUCAAGCUUCAUAAAAAAAGAAAAGAAAAGGUCCAGCCUGUAAUUGCUUGUAGUUACUUUUUUUUAAUUUUUUUUAAAAUAUAUAUUACUCUUAUUAUUUUAAGCACCAAGAUCAAGAUUUUAAGUCCGUUACACUUGCAAGAAAUGACAUAAAGCCAUAUUUCCCAGGGGAAUUAAAAAUAAAAGAUAGGCUUGUACACAUUUAUUUUGAGAAUGAAUCCUGUACAUGAGUUUGUAUUUUUGUUUCCUAUGAAAAAAGAAAGCAAAAAAAAAAAAAAAAAAAGCAUAGUGGUCCGCAUUCAAAAUACGAAAUAUGGAUUGCUACUGCAUUUUUUUCCUGAAGCCAGAUGUAGAGUAUAUGUGAAACUUCGUGUUGAGUUUAACCUCGUAAUCGACUGUAUAAUGUACGCUUCUUCUUCUCCUCCUUCUUCUACUUCUUCUUCUCCUUUUUUAUUUUCAUUCUUUUUAAAUGUUUUUUUUUUGUACAUUCAUAGUCUGGGUUUUGUUAAAUAGACUACCAUGUCAUUAUUAUUAUUAUUAUUAUUAUUAUUAUUAUUAUUAUUAUUCAGUCUUAAGUGCCUGCUACCUAUCCCUUUAACCAUUUAAAAAAAAAUGUUUAUUUUUUUUUUUUAUUUUUGCCUAAACCUCUUCUUUCCCGGAUCCUAUUUUUCUUCAUCCUUCACUACUGAAAAGGGCAGACAGGAAGUUUUGUCCAUCUUCGCUGUAUCCUGCAUGUAUUAAAAGGAGGCUCGUGUUCCCUCCUUUUGCUGAAAACACUUAAGAUGUAUAUUAUAUAUGUAAAUAGCUACAUUGCCUUGGUAUAGCCAUGAAAUCAAAAUGCUUUUUUAGGUCACUGCGAGAUUUUCAGCCACAGCAACUCGAGCACAAGAUAACGAAAGGAUUGCGAGCCCCUGGGUUAAUUUAUUUAUUUAAGUUUUUAGUUUUUUUUACCUCGCGCAGGAUAAAGAAGAAAAAUCACCAGCCGGUGCUGAACGCCACCCUAAUGACCUCCCCCUUACCCAUGCAUACAAGCACAUACACCAUCCUUACUUACACCUUUUUACAGAACGCCGUCUGACAUGGGCUGUGCCUUCCGGUACGCCUCACCAUGGGCCCGAGUGGCAAACAGCUUUCACUACCUUGUCUAUGUAAUUUCUGCUGUUCUGUUGGAAGAAAAAAUUUAAAAGAAAAAAAAAAAAAAACCUAUAAUCAGCUUUCUUCAAAUGAAUGUUUCAUAUAAUAAUCUAUUUCUCAUUAAAAAUGCUAUAUUUAAUAAGAUGAGCCGUGCUUGUCUCUACCACUUCAAAGCAGGUUUUGCAUUAUGAGGAACCAGACAUCACUGAGGCAUGAGGGACGGAUGUUUGUUCAAGCUCUUCUCUGAUUUUAUUUCAUAAAAGUGUUUUAACGCAGCAUUGGUUCUGUUUGUAGUUUGGGUGCUAAGGCCUUGUUCAACAAAAAAAAAAAAAAAAAAAAA